CGCUGGCAAAACAAAGCGUGAGUGACGCUGCUGGUGCACCGAGCCGCCACUCCGUCAACUUUAUAUUUCACCUCCACCUAUUUUCCACGUCGCGUUCUUGGUGCAUGGAGCCGGCGCAUCCGCACCCACGCCAUUUCUCCACUUUUCAUUUCCGCUAUGAAGCGCGGUCAUGGCAGGGAGUAGCAAGUCAGCGGCGGCGAGGACCCUGGAGGAUUUGACUCUGGACUCGGGUUAUGGUGGAGCCGCGGACUCCUUCAGGUCUUCCAGUGCGUCGCUGUGCUGCUCGGAGGCUCAUGGCGGGAACUGCUGGCAACUGACGGACUCCAUGCACAGCAGAAUCAACAGCCCGGACACGGUCAACACGGUCCUGGUCGGAGACGCCGAGAUCCUGGAGUGCAGCGGGCAGUGCGCUAAACUACCCGAGCUUGAGGAUGCGCCGUGGAGCCUCGGGGACGUGGCGAGAGCCCUGAGCCGGGACCGGGACGCGAGCGCGCCGAGCCCGCCUCAGGACGUCCUGCUGCGGCUCUCGGUGCUGGUCAGCCGGGCCCUGGUCAGGGUCGCCAAGGAGGCGCAGCGCUUGAGUUUGCGCUACGCCAAAUGCACCAAAUACGAGAUCCAAAGUGCCGUGAAGAUGGUCCUGUCGUGGGCCGUGUCCGCGAACUGUAUCGGCGCAGCCCUCGGCGCCUUGUCCCUCUACAGCAUGAGCACGGAGCCCGACAAGUUCGGCCGCGGCAAGUCGGUGCGCUGCGGUCUCGUCUUCGACGUGGGCAAAUUCUUCAGGUGGAUGGUGGACGGCAGGGUCGCGGUGAGGAUCCACGAACACGCCGCUAUCUACCUCGCCGCCUGCAUGGAGAGCCUGUUCCGAGAGAUCCACGCGCGGUUGCUCCGCAGUGCGCCGCUGGAGAGGGACAACGGCAUCCCCAAGUUGAGCGUGGAGAGCCUGGAGCGGGCCGUGGGCAGUGACGCCGAGCUGUGGGGGUCACUGCAGCCCCUGCAACACCUCAUCUGUGGGAAGAAUGCAAGCGGUGUGCUCAGUUUGCCGGAGGGUUUGACUCUGCAGCAGCGAGCGGGAAAGAGUGGCGAGGGAAACGCCUACAGCCAGUCUGAACUGCGCUCCAUUGAACAGUGCUUACUGGCCACCCGAGUGGGCAGCAUCUCUGAACUCAGUGACAUGGUGUCGAGGGCAAUGCACUACCUGCAGCCUCUGUACACCAAGAACCACAACAACGGGACACCUGUCCACCAGAAGAACACAGCGAUACACUGGGCCCCCGAGGCCAUCUACACACUGUGCUACUUCAUGCACUGCCCCCAGAUGGAGUGGGAGAACCCCAAUGUGGAACCAUCGAAAGUUACCUUACAAACGGAGAGGCCGUUCAUGGUGCUGCCACCUCUGAUGGAGUGGGUGCGUGUGUCGGUUGUUCACACCGAGCACAGGCGAAGCUUCUCUGUGGACAGCGACGAUGUUCGGCAGGCUGCCAGGCUGCUGCUGCCUGGAGUGGACUGCGAGCCCCGCCAGCUCCGAACGGAUGACUGCUUCUGCGCCUCGAGGAAACUGGAUGCUCCCUCCACUGAGGCAAAGUUCCUGCAGAACUUGGGCUUCCAUAUGCUCAGCUGUGGACGCACAGACCUGGUGAAGCAGGCUGUCAACCUGCUGGGACCGGAUGGUAUCAACAGCAUGAGUGAGCAGGGAAUGACCCCACUCAUGUACGCCUGUGUCCGUGGAGACGAGGCCAUGGUGCAUAUGCUGCUGGAUGCUGGAGCUGAUAUAAACAGCGAGGUGCCAAGCUCAGUGCACAAGCACCACUCAGUCUUUCCCGAAACGCGCCAGGCGACGCCCCUCACUUUUGCUGUGUCACAUGGACAUGUGCCUGUGGUGCAGGUAGUGACGUCCUCUCUCAUCUGUGAAUGUUCUCAUGACCUCUCACUGUGCUUCAGCCUCAUGCUGCUGCUGGAUGCCAAAGCCACAGUGGAGGGAUCCCUGCAAGACGGCAUGGAGAACUACACCGAGACGCCGCUGCAGCUGGCUGCUGCUGCAGGUAACUUUGAGCUGGUGAGCCUGCUGCUGCAGCGGGGGGCCGACCCCAUGGUGGGGACCAUGUACCGCAAUGGCAUUUCUACAGCACCGCAGGGAGACAUGAACUCUUAUAGCCUGGCAGCUGCACACGGCCACAGAAAUGUAUUUCGUAAGCUGCUGUCUCACACGGAAAAGGGAAAAGGAGACGUUUUAUCCCUAGAAGAGAUUCUGGCAGAAGGCUCGGAGCUGGAAGGGAAAAGCUUGUCUGAGACGGACCUGAUCAGAACAGGGAAAGCCAAACUGAAAGCUCUCAAAGAAGCCAUGUAUCACAGUUCCGAACACGGCCAUGUUGACAUCACCAUAGACAUACGGAGCCUCGGGGUGCCAUGGACACUGCACACUUGGAUGGAGUCCCUGCGUACGUGUUUCUACCAGCACCGCCGACCGCUGAUCCAGGGUAUUCUCAAAGAAUUCAGCUGCAUUGAAGAGGAAGAGUACACGGAAGAGCUCAUCACGCACGGCCUGCCUCUCAUGUUCCAGAUCCUCAGAGCCAGCAAGAACGAAGUGAUCAGCCAGCAGCUGUCGGCUAUUUUCACCCAGUGUUACGGGCCCUAUCCCGUCCCCAAACUGGCAGAGAUCAAGCGCAAGCAGACGUCGCGCCUCGAUCCUCACUUCCUCAACAAUAAGGAGAUGUCAGAUGUGACUUUUUUGGUGGAAGGGAAACCUUUCUACGCCCAUAAAGUCCUGCUCUUCACAGCCUCCAACAGGUUCAAAACUCUUCUGGCAAACAGGCCUUGUGGUGAAAACACCUGCAUUGAAAUAAGCCAUGUGAAAUAUCACAUCUUUCAGCUGGUGAUGCAGUAUCUCUACUUCGGGGGAGCAGAAGCAUUGCACAUUAGGAACCUUGAUGUUAUGGAGCUUCUGUCUGCGUCCAAGUUCUUCCAGCUGGAGGCCUUGCAGAGGCAUUGUGAGAUCAUCUGCUCAAAGAACAUCAACACGGAGACGUGCGUGGAGAUCUACAACCACACCAAGUUUCUGGACGCACCCGACUUGGCGUCCUACAUCGAGGGCUACUUCUUAAAGAACAUGGUCCUGCUCAUAGAGGUAGAGCCUUUCAAACAGCUGCUGUACAACGUACCUCCAGAUAGUCCCAGCUGUGACAUCCUGCAGAACCUGGAGAAAACUCUAGCUGUCCGCAUCCAGUCCAUCCACCUGUCGUCCUCCAAGGGAUCCAUCGUCUAAACCCCUGACCCAAGGUGUGGAAGAUCUUUGCAAUAAAAAGAACGGUAUGACGUCCAUGUUGGAGGCUGUCGUCUAUAUCAGACAGCCGUAAUCCUCCUCAUGUCAUGGCUAAUAUACUGCGUUUCAUACACGUUAUCAAACAUUUAGCAGGCUUUUUAUAAGCAGAUCCUCCCCAGGCUGCAAGAGGAGUUGUCGCUGUCUAAUGUUGUGAUUCCUCAUCUUUGACUCUUUAAAGCCAAAUAACACGGCGAGUGGCGUCCAUCGUGUUUUAUGUGGAGUUUCCACACUGCUGUGUAAAUAUUGUUGAUAAAAAAAAAUAUAUAUCAAUGUAUGUCACUUGUAAAUAUCAACAGAUGUUUGUUUUUUUUUUCUCACGUGUCUUACCGUUGCUGUAAACGUCGUCAGUGUUGCAUGUCAAAGGGAAAGCGUGUCGGAGCAUUUUAUUAAGCAGCUGCUUUUGCUUUGUCUAAGAGUGCAAAUUGAUCUGUCAUCGGCAUGGCUCACUAAACGUCUAACACUCUCAACGGUGUUGUCAUUCUGUGUGAGUUCUCCGGGCGCCCGCGAAUCCUAAAGCCGCGUCGCAGGAAUUGUGAAAAUUACAUGCCGUGUACGUGUGUGACUUGUUAUCUUUCCGCCAUAAAGAGUAUAAUUAUUAAUUACCGCUACUGUCUCUGGAUACAAAUGGGAAAAGGAAAACACCCACAAGGGGGAGUCCUUUAUUCUGAGUGUUACAUUUUGGCUAUGUUGAAAGGUUACAUCACAAUUAGGAAGUGGUUUCAUUCGGCAUCCAAUGAAUGAGGUCCUGGAUCACAAAGGAGUGUUUCAGCCACAGUAGAAAAUGGAUGGAUGCAUAAAAGGAAAAAAUA